UUUGUGCAUUUCAACUUUUGAAUAUCAUCAGCAAGUUAAGAGAAAGACCUCCUAAAUCAUUUUGACAAAUAUGACUGAUCGGUUCAUUUGGACGCGCCUUUUGCAUUUAAUAUGUGAUCUUUUUCAUACUGUUUUACGAGUGGGAUAAGGGAGGGCGAAAGGUGCGUGCGGAGCUUGGCGGACAACGGGGCUCCUGCAAAUAAAUUCAUUUUUGAAAUUCCGGGGGGGAAUGAGGGGGCACUAUUCCGAACCCCCACACUGAUUGAUUAGUUAUUAGUCAUCCUGUGGCUCAGCGACUCCUCCAACGGGCACCGGGGAGCCCAUUCAUGAAUCAACUAUCCGUUACCCUUCAAUCUCAGCUGAAGACUCACUUUUGCUUAAAGAAGGGGUAAGAGGGGGUCGUGGCUUAACAAUAUAAGAGGCAAAAUAACAGCAUCGCUUCAUGGGUUUGUUUAUCUGCAAUCUCCGUCUUGACAAGCACUUGUAAAAAUCCAAGGAAGGACUUUGAAGAUUUUAAAGAAGAACACUGUGACAGCACGUAUUGUAUUUCAUAAAUUUAUUAUCCCCCUCCCCCUUUCUAUUUUUUAUUUAUCACCUCUUCUCCCGAAAAAAAAAUGAAAGUUUGGAGUUUUCCCUGGCUCCCCUGCCUUGUCAUCCUCGCCUUGUGCUUUGGAUCAGAGUGUGGGGCAGUGUGGAGAAAGGGGAGAUCCAAGAGGGAGUUGGUGCGGAUGAGAGACGCGAGAGCGACCUUCCCAGGGGCUUGUGCCACACGGCUGCCCCGGGGCAAACGCUCCUUGCCCGGCUUGGAUCGGCGCUUGCCUCGCCAACGGCGUCGCUCCUCCCAGGCGGAGGAGAGCUCCUCGGGUCGGGGAAAUGCCGUUUAUUUUACCGGGAGGGGAGACCAACUACGACUCAAGCCAGGAGUGGAGAUACCGCGGGGAAAUUUUACUCUGGAGAUGUGGGUCAAACCUGAAGGAGGUCAGCGAUCGCCCACAGUAAUCGCAGGACUGUUUGAUAAAUGUUUCUACGCGUCCAGCGAUCGCGGCUGGCUCCUGGGCGUCAAGGCGGUCAGCGAGCAGGGCAACCGUGACCCUCGCUUCUUCUUCUCCCUGAAGACCGACCGCGCCCACAAGGUCACGUCCAUCCACGGCAACGCCCGCUACAUGCCCAACCACUGGGCGCACGUGGCGGUCACCUACGACGGCCUCUACAUGAAGCUGCUGGUCAACGGCGCCCAGGUGGCCGUCAGCCGCGAGCAGUCGGGCGACGUCUUCAGCCCCCUCACCAAGAAGUGCAAGGUGCUGAUGGUGGGGGGCAACGCGCUCAACCACAACUACCGCGGCGCCGUGGAGCGGGUGAGCCUGUGGCGCUACGCCCGCGCGCAGAGCGACAUCAGCAGGGACAUGCACGCCCACCUGGACUCGCCCGAGCACCUGGCGCACCUGGUCAUCCGCGAGAACUUCGAGUUCCCCAGGCGCAAGUGGCUGUCGGUGAAGGACGGCAGCUUCCCGACGACGGACGAUGGUCCUCGAGCGGGCAUGGGGGGAGCGGGCGGGGGGUCGCUGGACACCACCCUCGAGCCCACCACCUGCGGCCAGACGGUGUGCGACAACGUGGAAGUGGCCACCAACUACAACCGCUUUUGGACGUUCCGGCGGCCCAAGACGGUCCGCUACCGCGUGGUCAACAUCUACGACGACGAGCGGCGCCGGCCCACCGUCACCGAGCAGCAGAUCCACCUGCAGCACCAGCACCUGAGCGAGGCGUUCGGCGCGUACAACAUCAGCUGGGAGCUGAGCGUGCUGAACGUGACCAACUCCUCGCUGCGCCACCGCCUCCUGCUGGCCAACUGCGACAUCAGCAAGGUGGGCGACGAGGAGUGUGACCCCGAGUGCAACCACACGCUGACGGGGUUCGACGCGGGCGACUGCCGGCGCCAGAGGGGCGUGUGCCCGCUGCACAAGCUGGGCGACGGCAAGUGUGACCCCGAGUGCAACCGCGACAGCUCCACCGGCCUGCUGCAGUACUUCUACGACGGGGGAGACUGCUGCAACCCCAACGUCACCGACGUCACCAAAACAUGCUUCAACCCAGCCUCGCCGCACAGGGCCUAUUUGGAUUUGAAGGAGCUGAAGGAGAUCUUAAACCUGGAUGGCUCCACACACCUCAACAUCUUCUUUGCCAACUCGUCUGAUGAAGACCUGGCUGGUGUUGCCACUUGGCCGUGGGAUAAAGAGGCCUUGACACAUUUGGGUGGCAUCGUGCUGAACCCUUCCUUCUACGGCACCUUUGGCCACUCCCACACCAUGAUCCACGAGAUCGGGCACAGCCUGGGCCUCUACCACGUGUUCCGCGGCAUCUCGGAGGUCGAGUCGUGCAACGACGCGUGCCUGGAGACCGUGGCGUCCAUGGAAACGGGCGACCUGUGCGCAGACACCAACCCCACGCCCAAGUACAAGCACUGCCGCGACCCUGAACCGGGCAACGAGACCUGCGUCAACCAACACUUCACACACACACCCUUCAACAACUACAUGAGCUACGCAGACGACGACUGCACCAACUCGUUCACGCUGAACCAGGUGUCCCGCAUGCACUGCUAUCUGGACCUGAUCUACCAGACGUGGCAGCCGGCCUUCAAGCCCCCGCCUGUGGCGCUAGCGCCCCAAGUGGUGGAGCAGGAGCAUGACGCCAUCACGCUGGAGUGGUUUCCCCCCAUCUCAGGCCACUUCUACGACAGAGAAGUGGGAUCAGUGUGUGAGAAGUGUACGGAGGGUCAAGUGCUGCUGCAGUACGCGUCCAACUCCUCGUCCCCACGACCCUGCACCCCCUCUGGACACUGGAGCCCUCGAGAGGCAGAGGGUCCCCCUGACGUGGAGCAGGCGUGUGAGCCGAGCGUGCGCACCUGGAGCCCCCAUAACGGCAUGGAGGAGAGCCGAGUGCCCCCCCCGUGCCCGCUGCAGGGCUGCAUGCUGCAGCUGGAGUUCGCCCACCCGCUGGUGCCCGACUCGCUCACCGUCUGGGUGACCUUCUCGUCGCCGGACGCUCCCGACGAGGCCGUCCUGCCCGCCAUCCACAACAUCCUGCUGCUGACCGUGAGCGGACAGAACGUCUCGCUGGGGCCCAGCAACGUCUUCUGCGACAUGCCGCUGACCCUGAAGCUGGCGGUGGACGAGGAGGUGUACGGCGUCCAGAUCUUCACCAUGGAGCAGCACCUGGAGAUCGACGCCACCAUGCUGGCGUCCAAGCCGCGCUGCCCGCUCUGCCAGGCCUGCCAACCGCUCAACUACCGCCUGCUGCGCCAGCCGGCCUUCACCCACGCCCCCCAGGGCAUCAUCCUGCAGGACGCCUCGCGCAGAUACGUCGACAGGGACGUGAAGGCCGGGGGAGUGUACACCUACCAGGUCCAGACCAUCUCCACCUGGAACGAGAGCGAGCCCUCCCCCCCCCUUACCCAUCGCCUGGGAGCCCCCUACUGCGGAGACGGCAAGAUACAGAGGUCCAGAGGUGAGGAAUGUGAUGACCACAACUCUAUGAAUGGAGACGGAUGUUCCAGCCAGUGCAAGAAGGAGCCGUUCUUUAACUGCAUCGAUGAGCCCAGCAUGUGCUAUUUCUACGAUGGCGACGGCGUGUGUGAGGACUUCGAGCAGGAGACCAGCGUGAGAGACUGCGGCCUCUACACGCCCAGCGGCUUCCUGGACCAGUGGGCGGCCGCGGUCGACGUCUCACACGAGGAGCGGCUCUACUGUCCCGCCGACGUGGCUGCUGGAUACCCGGCCGUCACCAAGACGUGCCAGUCCAAGGUGUUUGAGAGUGACCUGUCGGACGGCGUGUCUCAGUACGCCUGGUUCCCCUGUCAAGAGGCCCAGCGCACCUCCUGGUACCCCGACUACUGGCUCAAGGCCCACUUCUCUCACCCCAUGGUGGCCGCGGCGGUCAUCAUUCACCUGGCGGCGGACGGCACCAGCUACCUGGACCAGAAGCAGCGCAACAUCACCGUGCACCUGGUGGACACCAAGGAGGGCAUCCACGAGCUAGGUGACUGGCGGCUGAGCUGCCGCACUAACCCGCUGGUGAUCCCGGUGCGGCACGACCUGAGCGUGGCGUUCUACCACACCAAGGCCAUCGUGGUGCUGUUCCGCUCCGCCCUGGUGGCCAUCUCCGGCGUUGCGCUGCGCUCAUUCCAGUUCUUCGACCCCAUCACCAUCAGCGGUUGCCAGAGCAACGAGAUCUACAACCCCAUGGGCCAGAGCUGUGUCCAUUACUCGUGUGAUGCCAUCAACUGCCAGAAGCCGCUGAUCCGCAAUGCAGAGGUGAGGUGCAGCGGCGGCGACUACUUCAACGGCGUGCGCUGCUCCGUCACCUGCUCCAGCGGAUACGUGCUGCAGAUCCAGCGCGACGAUGACAUCAUCAAGAGCCAGGAAGACAGGAAUGUAGACUGA